CGCCACUCUCGCCCCGCCCCACGAACUCCAUCUUUGCGUUAAUUUCAUUCCUGCUCUCAUUCCGGGCAUACUUCACAUCUCUGUAGAUGCACAGUGAAUUUUACACACUUCAGCCGGCUGCUCUGAAGAACAAAAAUCCUUGGCAGUUCUGAAGAAAAAAAAAUCAUCUCAGCCCUUACAGCAAAACCGAAAUACAGCGAAAAUUGUUACAAUUAACCAUAAUAGAGGUGUUUAAGGCAGGGAGUUGCCGUCAGGGAUAUUUUGCUUUCUGUGCGCAACAAAGCAUACGAGUCAGAAAGACUUGUUGCAUCCUCGGGUUUUCAUUUGGCCCUUUGAUAACUAGAAUUUGGCCGUGCGUCCAGCCAGCCUCACAACCACAGACCCCGUGUAACCAUGCCAGCCCAGGACCUCCACAUCCGGCUUCUUCACCUGCGCGAUCGUCUGAGACCAGCCACCCAGACAGCUGAUGAAACUGUGGGUUUGCACAACUGAAGAAUUCCUUCACAAUCUGUCAAACUAUCUCAUGGAAGCUUGGGGCGUGGAUCAGAACACCAUGUGCUCAGGGCCUGGGCUUGGACGAGCGCACCGCCACCAUGGACCAUAGCAGCUGGAGCGGAAGCGAGAGCCCUGCAGACGACAUGGAGAGGAUGAGCGACGAGGCCGACAAGGGCAUGGACGGGGACCCCGAGGGGGUGUGGAGCCCCGACAUCGAACAGAGCUUCCAGGAGGCGCUGGCCAUCUACCCCCCCUGUGGGCGCAGGAAAAUUAUCCUCUCAGACGAGGGAAAGAUGUAUGGUCGCAACGAAUUGAUAGCAAGAUACAUCAAACUAAGAACGGGAAAGACAAGGACAAGAAAGCAGGUCUCCAGUCACAUUCAGGUUCUUGCCAGACGGAAAUCUCGGGAGUUUCACACCAAGCUAAAGGUCAUAUGUAUGGACCAGAGUGUGAAAGACAAGGCACUGCAGAGUAUGGCCUCCAUGUCCUCGGCUCAGAUCGUCUCUGCCACUGCCAUCCACAACAAGCUGGGCCUCCCAAGACCCACCUUCCCUGGGGCGACAGGGUUUUGGCAGGGUAUGAUAUCCACUGGCCAGCCUGGAUCCUCACAAGACAUCAAGCCAUUUUCCCAGCAGGCCUACCCCAGCCAGACAGCUGUAACGACCACCAUCUCAGCGUACGAGCCCCCCACGGCUACAGCCCCGGCCUGGCAGGGACGCUCCAUCGGGACCACCAAACUCAGACUGGUGGAGUUCUCUGCCUUCCUGGAGCAGCAGAGAGACCCUGACUCUUACAACAAACACCUGUUUGUGAGCAUUGGACAGACCAACUACUCGUACAGCGAUGCCCUACUGGAGGCUGUGGACAUCCGUCAGAUCUACGACAAGUUCCCAGAGAAGAAGGGAGGACUGAAGGAGCUCUUUGGAAAGGGCCCUCACAACUCUUUCUUCCUGGUCAAGUUCUGGGCUGACCUGAACUGUAACAUCCAGGAUGACUCUGGGGCCUUCUACGGUGUGAGCAGCCAGUAUGAGAGCUCUGAGAACAUGACCAUCACGUGCUCUACCAAGGUGUGCUCCUUCGGCAAGCAGGUGGUCGAGAAGGUCGAGACGGAAUAUGCCUGCUUCGAGAAUGGACGCUUUGUCUACAGGAUAAGCCGCUCCCCCAUGUGUGAAUACAUGAUCAACUUUAUCCACAAACUCAAACACCUGCCUGAGAAGUACAUGAUGAAUAGUGUCCUAGAGAACUUCACUAUCCUAUUGGUGGUAACUAACAGAGAAACACAGGAGACGAUGCUGUGCAUGGCGUGUGUGUUUGAGGUGUCGAACAGCGAACACGGAGCUCAACAUCACAUAUACCGGCUAGUCAAGGAAUAAGAGACUGAUUCAGUAGAAACGUGCUGGGACAAACUAUCACCAAUCUACCUGAAGGACAGCUUCUGAAGAAUGGAGGGAAGACAUUGAAGGACAAAUUCUUAGUAAUUGACAGAGAUAAAUCGCUGUUGUGAUUGGUUGGUUGUGAGAGUGACAUGAGGCAAUCGCCCAUUGAAACACAUCUUCAGAAAGACAACCUUAUGGAAAGUGGCUGUGCCUCUACACAAAUCCCACCCACAAUGUCCUUGGGUUACAUUAGGGUGAAGUUUCUAAUUGAUAAUAUCAUUAUAUUUGUAUUUUGUAUGUAUAUUUGUAUGAGUGCAGCUGUCAAUUUGUGGUACAGUUGUGUGGUGUCAUUUUUCCAGACUAGGUCAUAUGUGUACAUAUGAAGGGGCAUUGUGUAACAUAGGAAGAUGUACUGUGGAUUACAUUUGGAAGCUAUCUGUUUUCCGCAUUUUAUACUGUAGUCAUCACAAUUAUGAACCAAUUACAGAUCUUAGCCUUUCUUAAUUAGAUA